GCAUUCUACUCCCGUGAUAUUCCAAGUCAUAAACCUGUUCUUUCCACUGCAUUCUCCAUCGGUAUGGAUAUCGCACACCAGCCUUGUGUAACUGCCAGACCAUCGCAAUGAAUUUAUGGCUGCCAGACCCAGGAAAGUGCAAGUCAUGAUGGACUUUGUCCGACCACACCGCAGAGUUUACUGAAACACUGGAAUAUUGGCAGUGUGCUCUUCCAUUUCUAAACAGAGAGGAUUUAAUGGACAUUCCGAACUACCCUCCCACUCCAGAGGAUAGGCUUUGAGGACCGUAAAACGGGACCGUAACAGGACUGCGGCGCAGCGGAGGGAACCGUAGCAUACGGAACACUUGCUUCAGGCCCACCAGGGAAGGCCUGACCCCUCCAUUGGGCGGAUCGGCAGCCAGGCGGAGGGGCCAUGUUGACUGCACGCCUGCUCCUCUUCGCCAGCCUGUUCGCGCCAGCAGCUCUGGCUUUCAGUCGAGCGCCCAUUCCCAUGGCUGUGGUGAGGAGGGAGCUGUCGUGUGAGAGCUACCCCAUCGAGCUGCGCUGUCCGGGCACUGACGUCAUCAUGAUCGAGAGUGCCAACUACGGCCGCACCGACGACAAGAUCUGCGAUGCAGACCCGGCACAGAUGGAGAACACGCGCUGCUACCUGCCAGAUGCCUACAAGAUCAUGUCCCAGAGAUGUAAUAAUCGGACCCAGUGUGCUGUAGUGGCUGGACCAGAUGUAUUUCCUGACCCUUGCCCCGGAACCUAUAAGUACCUAGAAGUCCAGUACGAAUGUGUACCCUACAUAUUCCUGUGCCCCGGCUUGCUGCGAGGGGUGUACCAGAGCGAACACCUCUUUGAGUCGGACCACCAAUCCGGUGCCUGGUGUAAAGACCCCCUCCAGGCCUCCGACAAGAUCUACUACAUGCCCUGGACGCCAUACCGCACGGACACGCUGACCGAGUACUCCUCCAAAGAGGACUUCAUCGCCGGGCGACCCACGACCACAUACAAACUACCGCACCGUGUCGACGGUACAGGCUUUGUAGUAUACGACGGCGCUCUGUUCUUCAACAAGGAGCGCACGCGCAACAUCGUCAAGUUUGACCUGCGCACGCGCAUCAAGAGCGGCGAGGCCAUCAUCGCCAACGCCAACUACCACGACACCUCGCCGUACCGCUGGGGCGGCAAGUCGGACAUCGAUCUCGCUGUAGACGAGAACGGCCUGUGGGUCAUCUACGCCACGGAGCAAAACAACGGGCGCAUCGUCAUCAGCCAGCUCAACCCCUACACCCUCCGCGUGGAAGGAACCUGGGACACCGCCUAUGACAAGCGCUCGGCCUCCAACUCCUUCAUGAUCUGCGGGAUUCUCUAUGUGGUGAAGUCGGUAUAUGAAGACGACGACAACGAGGCAACAGGGAACAAGAUUGACUAUAUCUACAACACGGAGCUGAGUAAAGAUGGCUUCCUGGACAUCCCCUUCCCCAACUCGUACCAGUACAUUGCCGCCGUGGAUUACAACCCGCGUGACAACCUCCUGUACGUGUGGAACAAUUACCACGUGGUCAAGUACUCGCUGGACUUUGGUGCUUUGGACGGUAGACCAGAAUCUUCAUCGUCUGUGAUCGUUUUGGAUACCACGACAACGCGGACUACAACGCGCCCGGCGACGGUUUCCACGACGACCACGCCAACAACCAGCUCCACCACAACCACCAGGGCCUCUGCGACGUCCCCCGUUGCCCAGCGACCGCGCACCACCUCGACUACUCUGCCGCCGCCAUUGCCGCCAGCAGAGGGCAAUAUCCCAGAGGGCAACACAAGGUCGUCCCCGUCCUCCAAGCUCCCCAACGUCGGCAUUGAGUACUGUAACCCCAUGAUCAUGUCAGACGUCUCCUGGCCCAAGACCAGACAGGGACUGGUGGCCAGGCAACCAUGCCCUACUGGAACAAUAGGCGUGGCCAUGUAUCUGUGUAUGGGGCCCGAAGGAUACUGGGACCCCCAAGGGCCCGACCUCAGCAACUGUACGUCCCCGUGGGUCAAUGUCAUCACCCAGAAGCUCAAAGCAGGAGAGACUGCAGCCAUCAUUGCCAGGGAGCUGUCGGAGCAAACUAAGAGUAACCUUCAGGCAGGGGACAUCACCUACACAGUCAAGGCCAUGGGUCAGCUUGUGGACCUACUUGACGUGCAGCUGAGGAACCUUACACCUGGAGGCAAAGAUAGUGCAGCCCGCAGCCUCAACAAGCUGCAGAAAAGAGAGCGCUCUUGCCGGUUUUACGUGCAGGCCAUGGUGGAGACUGUGAACAACCUGCUUCAGCCCCAGGCCCAGUCGGCGUGGAGGGACCUGAGCACCGGGGAGCAGCUGAGAGCAGCCACCAUGCUACUGGACACGGUGGAGCAAGGAGCCUUCGUCCUGGCCGACAACCUGCUCAAGACUGACAUCGUGCAGGAGAACACCGACAACAUUCAGCUGGAGGUGGCCCGGAUGAGUACGGAAGGAAAUCUGCCCGACCUGAAAUUCCCACAAAGUGGCGGCCAUGGUAACUCCAUCUCCCUGUCAUCAAGCACCUUGAAACAACAUGGGAGAAACGGAGAGAUCCGGAUGGCCUUCGUCCUGUACAAACACAUCGGAGCCUAUCUGUCUACAGAGAAUGCCAGCAUGAAGCUCGGCAGGGAAGCCAUGGCCACCAACUACUCUGUCAUUGUCAACUCUCCCGUCAUCACCGCAGCCAUCAACAAAGAGAACAACAAAGUCUACCUGUCUGAACCGGUCAUAUUUACCUUGAAACACCUGCAGCAAUCCAAGGAAAGCUUUAACCCCAACUGUUCUUUCUGGAGUUAUUCCAAGAGGACCAUGACGGGGUACUGGUCGACGCAGGAUUGCCGGUUGCUAGGCACCAACAGGACUCACACCACGUGCUCUUGUACCCACCUGACUAACUUUGCCGUCCUCAUGGCUCACGUGGAGGUCAAGAAUACUGACCCGGUCCAUGACCUGCUGUUGGAUGUGAUCACAUGGGUUGGCAUUCUGCUCUCCCUGGUCUGCCUGCUCAUCAGCCUGUUCACCUUCUGCUUCUUCCGGGGCCUCCAGAGCGACCGCAACACCAUCCACAAGAACCUCUGCAUCAGCCUCUUCAUUGCAGAGUCCCUCUUCCUGGUGGGGAUCAACCGAGCUGACCAACCGAUUGCCUGUGCUGUGUUCGCUGCCCUGCUCCACUUCUUCUUCCUGGCGGCCUUCACCUGGAUGUUCUUGGAGGGCGUGCAGCUCUACAUUAUGCUGGUGGAGGUGUUCGAGAGCGAGCACUCGCGCAAACGCUACUUUUACCUGGUGGGUUACGGUGUGCCAGCGCUCAUCGUGGCCGUGUCUGCCGCCGUGGACUACCGCAGCUAUGGCACGGACCGAGUGUGCUGGCUUCGUCUGGACACUUACUUCAUUUGGAGUUUCAUAGGACCGGCAACCUUGAUAAUUAUGCUCAACGUGAUUUUCCUAGGCAUCGCGCUGUACAAGAUGUUCCACCACACCGCCAUCCUCAAACCCGACUCGGGUUGCCUCGACAACAUCAAGUCGUGGGUGAUUGGGGCCAUCGCUUUGCUCUGUCUGCUGGGCUUGACCUGGGCCUUCGGCCUGAUGUACGUCAACGAGAGCACGGUCAUCAUGGCCUACCUCUUCACCAUCUUUAACUCCCUGCAGGGCAUGUUCAUCUUCAUCUUCCAUUGUGUCCUCCAGAAGAAGGUGCGUAAGGAGUACGGAAAGUGUCUGCGUACCCACUGCUGCAGUGGCAAGAGUGUAGAGAGUUCCAUUGGCUCUGGGAAGAGCUCAGCCUCCCGCCCACCAGGGCGCUAUUCCACAGGGUCACAGAGCCGGAUCCGUCGGAUGUGGAACGACACAGUCAGGAAACAGUCGGAGUCAUCUUUCAUAACCGGCGACAUCAACAGCUCAGCGUCGUUGAACCGAGAGGGAAUCCUGAACAAUGCCCGGGAUACAAGUGUCAUGGAUACUCUACCACUGAAUGGUAACCACGGCUACAGCAUUGCCAGCGCCGACUACAUGAGCGACUGCGUCCAGAUCAUCGACCGGGGCUACAACCACAAGGAGACUACGCUGGAGAAGAAGAUCCUGAAAGAGCUGACGUCUAACUACAUCCCCUCCUACCUGAACAACCACGACCGCUCUGCCGAGCAAAACCGCAACCUCAUGAACAAGCUGGUGAACAACAUGAGCAACGGAGGCAAGGAUGUUGGCCUGGGGGGGAUGGGGAUGAAUGUGGCGUUGGACUUGGAUGAGCAUUCUUCCUUCCCUCCGCACCUCCAUGAUGAGGGUCUGGGCCUGGAGUUGAUUCGGGAAGAGUCCAACGCCCCCCUUCUGCCCCAGAGACCCCCAUUGCUGCCACCCGUAGACAACCUCCACCAUAACCACCUCCACAACCAGGGCCCGCCACAUCAGCCUCCGCUCCCCCACCACCACCACCACCCAGCCUUCUCCUCGGCCACCACCACCUCGUCCUCGUCCCGCCGGCGGAUCCCGCAGGAGAACAGCGAGAGUUUCUUCCCCCUGCUCACCAACGAGCAUACCCUGGAUGUGGAGCCCACUUCCCCCAGCCACCACCCCCACCACCUGCACCAUCCCAGGGACUCCCUCUACACCAGCAUGCCCGUGCUGGCAGGUCUACCGGAUACCACAGACACCGGUACCACCACCACCACUACCGCCGUCCUCGCCGAUAAAGAUGCCGGAGAGGGCCACCCGGAAGGGGGCAAGAGCCCCGAGGCCAGCCAGGACGAUGUCUACUACAAGAGCAUGCCUAACCUGGGCUCACGCAACCAGCUGCACUCCUACUACCAACUAGGGAGGGGCAGCAGUGAUGGGUUCAUCGUGCCCCCCAAUAAGGAGGAUCUGUCCCCUGAAGAGUCCCCCCAGGAGCCCUCGCACCUGGUCACCAGCCUAUAGGCCUACAAAACCAACUCCCUGACCCAUCCGCCCCAAUCCCUUCUCGCCGUGGUUCCCCUUCUUUUCUGACCCACCCCCCCACUUUGCCCUACGCGUUCCCUUUGUGCUGAUCAAUUGUCGGCAGUGGUAGCCUUUUUUUUUACUCUGUGUCCCGAAGACUGUAAUCGAAACUGAUGCCAGUCCCAGUACUGACCGCAGAUAGAAUAUUGAAACUGUUAUGUUUUGUGGAUAAUACAUCUAGUCAGGGUUGGAUGUUGGAGAAGUCUAUUGAUGUGCAUUUCACUUCUUUUUUUUUUUUGGUUGAGAUGCCCGAACCCUGUGUGGAUUGAUGUUUUCCCCUUAGUGUGAGGGGAGAUGACGGCACUCGGGACGGUGGGAUCUCGUGCUCUGAAAUGCGAUUUGACAGUCCAAAGGAACUACAAACAGCCACAAAAAACAUUCUGCUACUAGUAGAUGUGUAGAGUUCAAAUCAGAACAAAUCAAGAAAGACUAUUUUAUUAUACUUCUGUAUCCAUAAUGGCUUUUUAAGGGGUUUUCUUCCUCUCUAGUGAUAUUGCAGCACACGUUUUGCUGAAGUGUUCCUGCAAGUUCGACUAAACUGAUUUUGAACGAUAUCAUGAAGGACCUCUUUAAAUCCCAUGUGCUUUACAGCAUUUUUUUCUUUACUUUUUUUCCCUUCUUUUGCUGUAACAAUAACAAUUGUCGAGAAAGAGUGAGAGAGAAAAAAACAAAUAACAGAAUUAUGAGAUAUUUCUAUGUAAAUGUACAGAUACUAGCGUUGCACAUAAUAGUAUGAUUUUUGUUCCACCCAACCCUUUGUCUUUGUAAAUGUAGUUGGUUAGGAGCAUUUCCUUUCUGUUGUGCUGGUCUUGACACCAGUAUGAGCAUUUUUUUUCAAGAAACGACAAAACAAAGCAACAAAAUGAAAUAACACCCCCCCAAAAAAAAUCACAGAACAAAACACUUACCAUACAUGAUUUUUCUCUCUCCAGCAAUGUAAACCACCAAUGUUUUCUAAGCCAUUUUUAGUUCACAGUUUGAUUAUUUCUUCACUGUGUAGAUACAAAGAGAAUGAUGGUUCACACACCAUAGAAGGAACACAAUUACAAGUGUCUGAAAAGUUAGCCAUGAGUUGGCCUGCAUCAGUUAUAAGAGACUGGAGAGAAAGAGCACGUUGAAUAUCAAUAAGCACUCUGCAAAUUUACUUUUUUGAAGAGUGAACGUUUCUAGUGAGAAAAACAACUGGAAAUGUAUUUUCUUUUCUUCCUCAAGGGAAAAAGAUUAUUUAUUUAUUAGUUCAAACUACAAAAUAAAGUGAAAAAUGGAGGUAAAGAAUUCAGUAGCACAGAUUCAUUUUUAUUGUGAGUUAUGGUUAUGGCUUUUUUUUUAAUUUAUUCAUUUUUGUAUUGGUUUCCAAGUUGAAUGACCUCAUAACUAAUAUUUGUUGUAAAAGUGAAACUUGUUUGCCAACAAAUAAAUGACUGAUUAAGAUUCACCACAUAGUUAUCACAAAGGUUGUGUUUUUCUCUGGGUUUUUACAUUGCUAUCACUCCAAAAGGCAAAGCAAGGCCUUUGCAUAUAAAGGUGUUGUAUGAGCUCUGUUUCAAUAGCUAUUUCGUGAAUACAAUACAUGGAAAUGUGUCACUGCUGGUAUAAUAUUUACUCUGAACAUGGAGGAUAACAAGUGGGUGAACAAGAGAGUGCACAUCCAUCAGUUUACCCUGACAUGAGCUAUGAAGAAAGGUGGGUAAGCAAUCAUUCAUUUUUUUUCGUAUUAACAUUUGCCUUGAUUAUUACUUGAGUAUCUGUCAUGACCAUGUUUUUUUUUUUUUUUUUUCAAAUGAUUGACUUUCUCAACUGAAUGGGUAUGGAGACUGCUGCAGUUAUAGUGGCCAUGUAAAAAAUAAUAAUAACAGCAUAGAUGUCUUACCUUGUCCAUAGACUUCUUAUAGGCUAAGGAAACCAAUGUCAUUUUCAAAUUUGGGUGAACUGUCCCUUUUCCAGAUGUUUUAACUUUUCCCAUGCUUGAUGACAGGACCAAGGUCAGCUAUGUGAUGGUGGUAAUGACCCAAUAUGACAUGACAUGCGUCAUAUAAUGUUGUGCAAGCUGUAGCUACAUGUACUGUGUGUCAAAGAUGCUUAUAGUGAAGAGCCAUUGGAUUGGACAGUGAAUGUCAUGCCAGUGUUGUACUGUACAUAAAAUAUGCUCCAUGCUGUGUAGGCUGUUGCAUUUGACAGUUCAUAUGAAGCAGUAACAUAUCCCCCGAUCAAAUAUAUUGUUUCUGAAACUCUG